CCUCAUCAGUGGUCCCAGGAAGUAUAGGAUAGAAAUCAGCAAGCAGAAUGCUGGGGAAAGAAGUUACUAAUUGGGAGACAGUAGUUAAGAUUUGUUUAUGGCUAACUAUCUUACUUUAUUGGAUUUCUGGAGUUGUGCUGAUAUGCAUAGGAGUGUCUAUCCAAGUGAAACUCCGUGAUAUCUUUGCUGUGUUGAAUGAAGGUGCUUCUGUGGUCCCUGUGGUCAUAACCAUUGUCGGCACAUUUAUAAUCAUCAUAUCAGCCUUUGGAGCAAUUGCUGUGCUUAAGCGCAACUCUAAAAUGAUCAAAAUAUUCGCAGGCAUAUUACUGGCCCACUUGAUUACUGGAAUCAUAGCUGGUGCUGUUGCAUAUACUUACAGAGAGAAGUUACAUCAAACUUUAUUGAAAGAUGUCUUGGAGACCAUGGACAAGUACAGUGAAGAACUACAGAUCACCAAGGCUGUAGAUAGCCUACAGAGUCAGUUCCAGUGUUGUGGUGCAGAGAAUUAUACUGACUGGCUAAACACCACAUUUGGCUCUCUUUCUUCAUCUGUCCCAAGAAGCUGCUGUAAAGUACCUGUGGAAAGCUGUGUCACAGAUCUAAGCCAAUAUCCAAUAGGCAUUAAUCAGCAAGGAUGUGUUGCAAAAGUGAAGACUUGGUUUGGAGAACACAUUGUUGUAAUUGGAGGAAUUCGCAUUUUUAUUGGGCUCGUGCAGCUAACUGGGAUCGUGUUUUGCUAUCUGCUGCUGAAAAUAUUAAAAGAGAACUAUGAAAGUGUUGAAUAACGUUAAGAAGCUGAUGUUACU